AUGUCUGUCGAACGCGUCAAGCAGGUGGUCUCUCACCUCAUGCCUGGGUCCUCCAAAGGCCGCGCCGCUCUCACGCGCAAUUCGCCCAAUGACGUAGUGAUCACCAUGGCCAUUCGCUCGCCACUGUGCAAAGCCAAGAAGGGAGGAUUCAAGGACACAAGGAGCGAUGAGUUGUUAUACGAGAUCUUCAAGCAUUCUGUCGCACAUUCCAACAUAGAUCCUGCGCUUAUUGGAGACAUCACCGUUGGAACUGUCCUGACGGCCGGCGCCCCACAUCAAGCUCGCAGGGCUGCGCUCGCGGCCGGCAUUCCGGACACCGUGCCGCUGCAGACCAUCAAUCGCUGGUGUUCCUCCGGGCUCAUGGCUGUGACCGACAUUUCAAACAAGAUCAAGGCUGGACAAAUCGAUGUUGGACUCGCCGUGGGAUUCGAAAGCAUGUCAGACAACCCGGAUCGCGGUGGACCGCCCAGCAGCGACAUUGUCAAGGAAAGCCAGUCGGCUCGGGAUGCGUCGAUGCCCAUGGGCUGGACGUCUGAGAACGUCGCCGAGGAAUUCAACGUCUCCCGGGAAGACAUGGACGCCUUGGCCGCCUUGUCCUUCCAGCGUGCAGAGAAGGCAGACAAGGAAGGGAUCUUCGCCUCGGAGAUCGUGCCUUUCACCGCCUUCGUCAACGAUGGCACCGGAGCGCGCACUACGAAGCUUGUUAGCAAGGACGACGGUAUUCGGUAUGGCACAACGAAGGAGACCCUUGCCAGAGUGAAGGCGGCAUUCCCACAAUGGGGCAAAGGCCAGACGACCGGAGGAAACGCAAGCCAGAUCACUGACGGAGCGGCGGCCGUGUUGCUCAUGACGCGGAGAAGGGCUGAACAGCUUGGGCUGAAGAUCCUGGCGAAACACGUCGCGACACAGGUCGCCGGUCUCGCGCCGCGCAUCAUGGGCAUUGGUCCGUCGAUUGCUAUCCCCAGGGUGUUAGAAGCCACGGGGUUGUCGAAGGACGAUGUUGACUUGUUCGAGAUCAACGAGGCCUUCGCAUCAAUGUACGUGUACUGCGUCAACAAGCUCGGAUUGGAUAUCGAGAAAGUGAACGUGAAUGGAGGCGCUAUAGCGUUCGGCCAUCCUCUUGAUGAGUAUUUUUGCAUCGCGACUGGACUGAACGCACUCUCGCGGCGCAAUGGCAAGAUCCUCGUCACGUCGAUGUGCAUCGGAACAGGGAUGGGAGCGGCUGCAGUAUUUGUUGCAGAAUGA